GUUAGACACCUGCAGCUUUGCUGUCUCACUACUGGUCUGCAGCGCCUGGUACCGCCGAAGCCCUUGGCCAGUGAUCGAAGCUACUUGUUGCUGUACACCCGGGGUCUUGAAGAUCAAGCGGAGGCACUGCUCUUCCGGACACUGGCUCAUACUGUUCCCACGUGGAGAAUACCGCCGCCGCAGCAUGUGCCACGCGUCAGUGAAGGCCAUGCGGCUGUGGGAAAGCUUCUUGUCCGACUUCCCGAUGGUGAGCAAAUUCCACAGGAGGGCAUCCCUGGAAUCAUCCACACCUACGCCUUUGUGGAUGCGGUCACGGGCCUAUCAGAUGAAAAGGAAGUCGCCAUUGAGCAGCUCAGCAAAUGGGUGGCAGGCUUGGGCCCAGCAUUGCUCCAGGCUUCACAGCUUGUGCCUGGCGGCGCUACCAUAGCCCCUACCUUUCGGGCCUCUGCUGUGCGCGACGGAGAGCACCACUUCACUUCCGAGGAUGCCAUGGCAGCUGUGGGCUAUGGAGUGGGAUCGGCAGUAUCUUGGAAGGCCAACAUGAAGUCUUAUGACAUCGAG